AGCCCACUCGUCUAGCUCGGCCACCUGGGCCCCCUGGCCCUCUCAUAAUUAAUACCACCCGCCGUCUCUCUUCAUGUUGCUUUCUUGUUCUCGCGAGCGGUGGCCAGGAUAGAGCAAAGUCGUAGCCGUUCGUUCGUUUUCCUUUCUGUCUGCUUCGUCUUUCGCUCUCUUCGGCUCUUGUCGGUCAUCCGUCGCCAUGAGCUUCCUCAAGUCGUACUUCGCUCCUGGCAAGGACCAGAAUGAUGGAGAGAAGAAGAAGGGCCCUGGCAAGAAGCCGUCGCCGAUCACUGAGAUGACUGAGACUCGCUUGGAGGGGCCUGCUCCCGCCCCUACGCCUAAUUUUUCUAUGCCCGGCACGCCAGCCCGGAGCUUGAUGGGAUCGCGACCUGCCUCACUAUAUCCCACCGGUGAUUUUCGAAAUGCUCGCGAGAGCCUUCUCGACGUCAAAGCGGAUGUCAUGUGCAGCUGGUUAUACCAGCAGCAAUUGGAGAGACAAUAUGCCACCGGCAUAUUGCCAGGUGAAGGCGUUGUGCUGAAGAAGGGGAGGAACAACUACGCUUGCUGUCCGCCUCAGCUUCGAGACAUGAAAUACAGUUUGUACGACAUGGCGAUGGAGCUCAACGUCAGGUGUGCUAUGACUGUCAAUACGAGAAUUAUCAACGUUAUUCUGGCUUCGAGGCGGACGACUUACGAGUAUAUUCCACUUCCGGAUGGCUUGAGGUUGCAGGUGCUACCGAGCAUGCGCGACCUACCACGGUGUCAGAAGCACCACUUUGCUGCAUUCAUCCAGGAUCUUCAGAUUAUGAUUGUUUGGGAUGAUGAACCUAAGAAAGUAUUGGCUAGAGCUGAAGCUUUAGAACGCCAGUUAAUGAGGAUGAUCUGGGGAACAGGACAAGAUGAAGAAGAGGAGACAGAGGGCGAGAAGGGCGAAAAGGUCCAAGUCGGUGAAGUAGAGGUCACGCCGAUUGAUCUUGAGGCUGCCGCCAACGCACCCGACAGGCGGAUAAAGCUUACCAGUGCUUUCACUGUCGGACUUACCAUGGCUUUAUCCGUCGCCACCUUAGGCCUGGGUUUUAGGAAACUCAGUUUUGAACUCGCGACCGAUGGCGAUUACGUUCGACUCGCCCUCAUCGCAGUUGCCCCUCUUCAGCUAUGGGUUGGCUACUUCUUUUUCCAAACUAUUAUCGUCAAUCUCUUCGAAAUCUUCGGGCCUAUCAGUGCCGUUAACCAAAACAGCAAGUUUUACUCGGGAACAGCGCCAAGGCGACUCGAUCGCGAGCAUCAUACACUGCCCCACGUUACCAUUCAGAUGCCAGUUUAUAAGGAAGGCUUAAAGGCUGUCAUCGGUCCAACUGUUCAAUCGCUUAAGCAGUGUAUAUCGACAUACGAGCUUCAAGGCGGGUCUGCCAAUAUCUUCGUCAAUGACGACGGUAUGCAGCUCAUCUCGCCAGAAGAAGCCCAAGCCCGUCGCGAAUUCUACGACGAGAAUAACAUUGGCUGGGUGUCUCGACCGAAGCACAACCCUAACCCCGAGGAAGGGGAACAGGUUUUCCUUCGCCGAGGAAAGUUCAAGAAGGCAUCUAACAUGAACUAUGCUUUGAUGGUCAGCAACCGUGUUGAGGAUAAGUUAGCUCAGGCUCAAAGAUCUGCCACAUGGACACAAGAAGACGAACACGCUGCCUAUGAGCAAUGUCUAUCUGAAGUCUUGCAAGAGGACGAAGGCCGGACUUGGGCCGAAGGUAACAUUCGCAUCGGUGACUACAUCCUUAUUAUCGACUCCGAUACCCGUGUGCCCGAAGACUGCUUGCUAGAUGCGGUCAGUGAAAUGGAGCAGUCUCCUCAGGUUGCUAUUCUGCAGUUCUCAUCCGGUGUAAUGCGCGUUAGUGAAUCGUUCUUCGAGGGAGCUGUCGAGUGGUUUACCAACCUGAUUUAUUCUUCCAUCAUCUACACUGUGUCAAUUGGCGACUCCGUUCCUUUCGUCGGGCACAACGCUAUACUUCGCUGGUCCGCCAUACAAGAUGCCGCGUCGUAUCAAGAUGAGGAUGGGUAUGAGAAAUACUGGUCUGAAUCUCAUGUCUCGGAAGAUUUCGACAUGUCUCUCCGUCUUCAGUGUGCCGGUUACAGUUGCCGUCUUGCUUCGUAUACCGGUGAAGGAUUUCAAGAAGGCGUGUCUCUGACGGUGUAUGACGAGCUAGCGCGUUGGGAGAAGUACGCCUUUGGCUGUAACGAGUUGAUGUUCCACCCUUUGCGUUAUUGGCCGACUCGGGGUCCUAUAACCCCUCUCUUCCGAAAGUUCCUAGGCUCUAACAUCCCCCUUCCCAAGAAGAUCACCAUCUGCAGUUAUAUCGGAACGUAUUAUGCUAUUGGCGCGUCGUGGAUCAUCACCCUGUUCAACUACUUCCUCACUGGCUUUUUCUACGGCUUGUACGACAAGUACUACCUGGACUCUUUCGCUAUCUUUGUUUCGGUUAUCGUCGUGUUCACUGGAUUCGGUAACCUUGCGCUUGCUAUUCUGCGGUACCGUCUGAACCAGAAGUCUCUCCUCGGAGCCUUCUGGGAUAACGUGAAGUGGAUUCCUGUUAUGACCAUCUUCCUAGGUGGCCUGUCGCUGCACGUGUCCCAAGCCAUCUUGUGCCACUUCUUCAGCAUCGACAUGACCUGGGGAGCCACAGCUAAGGAAGUCGAAGAGGUCAAUUUCCUCGAAGAGAUUCCCCGAUUAUUGAAGCGCUUCAAGGGAACGUUCGUGUUCUCUUUUGGCACUGUUGGCCUCAUUAUUGCCGGCCUCUACGGCUUCCCCGAAGCUUGGCGCAUCACCUACUUCGCCUCCAUCUUCCCUCUUGCCUGGCUGGCGGCUUGCCACUUCCUACUCCCAGUCGCCCUCAACCCGGCCCUGAUGGUGUUCGCUUGGUAAUCUUCGCGUAUUACCGACCAACAUUAGCCGGGGCACAAUACCGAUAAUGUGUAAUUAAUCUUGUUUAUUU